AUGCUGCGGCGGCCGGCGGGGCUCUGGGCCGCGCUCGGGCCCCUGCUGUGGGGCUGCGGGCUGGCGCUGCGGGGCGGCAUGCUGUACCCCCGGGAGAGCCCGUCGCGGGAGCGCAAGGACCUCGACGGCCUGUGGCGCUUUCGCGCCGACUUCUCGGACACCCGGCGCCAGGGCUUCGAGCAGCAGUGGUACCGGGCGCCGCUGCGGGAGUCUGGCCCCACACUGGAUAUGCCUGUUCCCUCCAGCUUCAAUGACGUGGGCCAAGACAGGUAUCUGCGUAGCUUUGUCGGCUGGGUGUGGUACGAACGGGAGGCAACCCUGCCUCAGCGAUGGACCCAGGACCUGGACACAAGAGUGGUGCUAAGGAUUGGCAGCGCCCACUACCAUGCCAUUGUGUGGGUGAAUGGGGUUCAUGUGGCAGAGCACGAGGGGGGCCAUCUCCCCUUUGAGGCUGACAUCAGCAAGCUGGUCCAGAGUGGGCCCCUGUCCUCCUGCCGCAUUACCAUCGCCAUCAACAACACGCUCACCCCUCAUACCCUGCCGCCAGGGACGAUCCUCUACAAGAAUGAUACAGCAAAGUAUCCUAAAGGUUACUUUGUCCAGAACACACGCUUUGACUUCUUCAAUUAUGCGGGACUGCAUCGGCCUGUGCUCCUCUACACCACACCCACCACUUACAUUGAUGACAUCACCGUCAACACUGAUGUGGACCAAGACAUUGCGUUAGUGAACUACCAGAUUUCUGUCCAGGGCAGUGAACAUUUCCAACUAGAAGUGUGUCUUCUGGAUGAGGAAGGCAAAGUCGUGGCCCAGGGGACGGGAGGACGGGGCCAGCUGCAGGUGCCGAGUGCCCACCUCUGGUGGCCAUACCUGAUGCAUGAGCACCCUGCCUACCUGUACUCAUUGGAGGUGAAGCUGACAGCACAGACGGCCGCUGGGCCUGUGUCUGACUUCUACACUCUCCCUGUGGGGAUUCGCACUGUGGCUGUCACAGAGAGCCAGUUCCUCAUCAAUGGAAAGCCCUUCUAUUUCCAUGGGGUCAACAAGCAUGAGGAUGCAGACAUCCUAGGGAAGGGCUUUGACUGGCCACUGCUGAUGAAGGACUUCAACCUGCUGCGCUGGCUUGGGGCCAACGCUUUCCGCACCAGCCACUACCCCUACGCGGAGGAGGUGAUGCAGCUCUGCGACCGCUAUGGGAUUGUGGUCAUUGACGAGAGCCCUGGUGUGGGCAUUGUGCUGCUCCAGAGCUACAGCAACGUGUCCCUGCAGCACUUCCUGGUGGUGAUGGAGGAGCUGGUGCGCAGGGACAAGAAUCACCCAGCCGUUGUGAUGUGGUCAGUGGCCAAUGAGCCCACUUCCAACCUGCCACCUGCUGGUGAAUACUUCAAGACGCUGAUUGCCCAUACCAAAGCCUUGGACCCCUCCCGGCCUGUGACCUUUGUGACCAACUCCAACUAUGAAGCAGACCUGGGGGCACCAUAUGUGGACGUCAUCUGUGUGAACAGUUACUACUCCUGGUAUCGUGACUGUGGGCACCUAGAGGUGAUUCAGCCGCAACUGACAGCCCAGUUUGAGAACUGGUAUAAGACCUAUCAGAAGCCAAUCAUUCAGAGCGAGUAUGGAGCAGACGCCAUUGCAGGAUUUCACCACGAUCCAUCUCUGAUGUUCAGUGAAGAGUAUCAGAAAAAUGUGCUACAACAGUAUCAUUUGGUUCUGGAUCAAAAGCGUAAAGAAUAUGUGGUUGGAGAGCUCAUCUGGAAUUUUGCUGAUUUUAUGACUGAACAGUCACCAGUAAGAGCAUUGGGGAAUAAAGAGGGAAUCUUCACUCGUCAGAGACAACCGAAAAGUGCAGCAUUCCUUUUGCGAGAGAGAUACUGGAAACUUGCCAAUGAAACCAGAGCAAAAACCAUCUCUCUACUGGAUAGAGACUACACCUGACCCUUCCCAAGUAAGGGGUGAUUCCAUAGCAAACAAAGCAAGUGCUUCCUGGAUUGUGUGUGGCAGACCAGAAAGUUUCUGGUCUGGACUUUGUAAUCUUCUGGCAGAACAGUAACACUGAGGUGAAAAUAAUAGCAUUUGUAGUAUGGAAAUAAAGAGUUGAUUUAACAGUGACCAUCCAUUGAUUGAUCGGUAUUCUUGAAAAGUAUGUGUGAUUAUUUUUGUAUUGACUGUUUUCAUAGCCUUACCUGCACAAGGACUCGCCAAACGUGUUUCAAUACUCACAUCACACGCAGAGUUGCUGCUCACAGACCAUGUGCACCCAGAGGAGUAGCUCCACAGAUCUAGGGCCAUCGUGGUCACGUCCAAACCAGGCCAACCUUUUCUGAGUAAAAGACAACUGCUGUUAAACUCCACAGAUGAGCAGAAGUCAGGACAAAUUUAAAGAAAGUGAUACCUGAUACUGUGCCAGAAUAGUCAGCAGGGUCUUUGUAUCAGUUUCCACAUAGCUGACAAAUAAGUAGUAACAAUCAUUAAGAGUGAAGGAGUGUGGGCCUCCGCGGUGGCACAGCGGUUGAGU